GGACGUUAAGAAAAAGAAUCAGGCUUAACUAGGCCAGCCUCGAUUAGGCCCACGCCUACCGGGGAGGGCUUUGCUGAAAUUCCUUUCAGCUUAAGCUGACGCAGGUUCAGUAAAGCUGCUUAAGCCUGGCCUGACCUACAUAACAAACCCGACUGCAUUAGGCUAGAAAAACACAGCGAGUGUCUCGUACGGCACGGAGAGCAUCGAUAUGCAUGCACUGGUUUAAUAGAGAAGGACUGAAAACGUGCUUAGACGAAAUAAAAACGUCCGUGCAGAGCCCACUCGGUCUCUGUGAGAAAACGGACUGCGAGACUGAAAACAAGGACUUCAGAGGCUCAGUGUUUAAAAUGUACCGUUUGUUUUUAGCCUUUUACUGGGAAAUUUUACUGGUUAAGUUCUCUGUGUUUGACGACUGAUCGACUAUUAAGGUAAAGACACCAGUUGCUCUGAGUUUCAGCAGCAGACAAAAGGCGCCUCGGGCAGUCCGCGCUGUGAGCUCGAGCUCUGCUCGGGAUCUGCCUAGUGGCCGCUGGCGACCGUUGCCAGGGAGAGCCUGUCUGUCAUUCGGGAACACGCGCGGGGAUUGGUCGAUUUCGUCAAGGGGGCGGGACGAAUACGGGAGUUUAAUUCACAGCCAAACCGAAGCCAAGUUCAGCACGUCGUUUAUUUUGUCUUGUUCGUUGAGCUACAUUUUCGUAGUCUCCAUUCGCUUAUAUGAUACUGAAAUGAAUCUUUCGGUUAGUAGCAUUUCUGCCUGUGACUUUUUUAAAACUGAACUUGGCAUGGUUUAACGCGACGAAACAGCAUCCAACCCUGUCGCUGGUGGCCUUGUAGUUCCUACGGCAACCCCACAAGCACACUGUCCUCAGCCACGUCUGAAGAACAGCAAGAGAUAGAGUUCUUCACUUAUUCUGAAAGGAUGGGUUAUGAUGUGGAGCGCUUUGUGGGCUAUGUAAAUGAGGGUCUGCUGUGCUGUGUGUGUCGGGAUGUGUUGGAGGAUCCUCUGCAGGCUCCAUGCGAGCAUGCUUUCUGCAGCACCUGCAUUCAUGCCUGGCUUGUCCACCACCAUAACUGCCCUGAGGACCGGCUGCCACUGGACGUCACGAAUCUCAGGCCACUCUAUAGAUACAUGCGGAACGACUUGGCGAGACUCCAGGUGAGGUGUGUGUAUCGCCCACAGGGGUGUGAGGUCAUCUGUGCUCUGGAGUCCAUCCAUCGACAUGAACAGGACUGUGACUUUGCUUUGCUGAGCUGUAGCAAUGCUGGUGAGGAGUACUUGUGUUACCGCUGUGGUUGUCCGGUGCAGGUGUCUCGGCGUUCUCUGGAGGCGCACCUGUGUGUGUGUGAGUACCGCAACAGAAUGUGUGCAAGUGGCUGUGGAUACACACUAACCAGCACAGAAGAAGCUCAGCACAACUGCAUCUCUGAACUGCGAGCAGAAUUGGACUUACUGAGAGCAGAGUUGGAUUGUAAGGUUGAAGAGGUGAGACGUGAGAUGGAGUCACGGCUGGAUUCUCAGAGGAGGUACAUGGUGCAGAAAGAGAGUCUACUGAAGAAUGAGGUGGAUGAACUCAAGGGCCAGCUGUCCCGUGUGAUGUCAGAUGUUCGUGUGUUAUUGGGAGCAGAACGAGCUCGCAGACAAGAGCUGGAGAGAGCAGAGCUUGAGAAAGCAGAGUUGCUGGAGCUUCUGAAAAAGGAGGGGCUUAGGCCAGCCACGCCCACUCAGACAGCAACACCCCCAGCUGAGGGGCCUCGUAAGUCCAGCCCACGCAGCCUAGCUUUGGACUGCAUCAAGAGGAAGAGUAGGGAGGUCACGGUCAUCUGAAGCUGAGCUUUACACAACGCACAACCCACACACGACUGAAAUAACCAGCAAGAGAAGCUAAUGUAAUCUGAAGGGAUAACCUGCUCUUCCCCACAAAUCCUGUUUGUGCAGACAGACACCCCUGACAAGUUACGUCGAACGCUAUUGAUCCUGCUAAUCUUCAGUGAGAGACUCACAAAGAGCUUCAGAGCAUUAAACAGCAGUUUAACACAGCAGCUUGAGAAGAAACUGACUGACGUUAGAUAUCGCAGACAGUACAUUUUAGAAGAUUUGAAACGUGUGGUUGAAAUUGUGUAUUUGAGACAUUUUUAUACAUUUCUUUGAAUUUUACAAAACAGAAUAAAUGAUACUCUCUCUUCUACCAGUCAUCUAACAAGCCAACAAUAAAAUAUUUUACAAAGGAGCAAUCUGAA